GAAUUCGUUCGUGGGAUAUCGACCUCAGCUCCUGCAACUUGGAUGAGCAGCUGAAGCUCUUCGUGUCCAGACACUCUGCCACGUUCUCCAGCAUUGUGAAAGGUCAGAGGACCCUCCACCACCGCGGGGAUGUGCUGGAGACACUGGUGCUGCUCAACCCUUCAGACAAAUCCCUGUGUGACGAGCUGAGGAACCUCAUCACGGACGUGUCGCAGCACAAGCUGUUGGUGUUCGCCGGGCCCUGCGUGGAGGACACCGGGGAGCUCAUGCUGCAGACUGGCUGCUUCUCCCUGCGGGAUUUCAUCCAGAUCUGUUCCCUCAUACAGGUGGGGGAGAUCCUGAGCUCUGCAGACCCCUCAGCCAAGGCCAGGCUGACCAUCAGCUGUCCUGAUUUUGGGGAGUGGAAGGAUUCAGGUUUGGACCAUCACAACCUCCAGGACUUCAUCGAGCUGCGCUACAAUCCAGACUGUGUCCUGCCCGAGAUGGAGGGGCUGGAGGAGUUCAUGGAGUACCUCUCAGAGUCCCUGGAGCCCCAGUCCCCCUUUGACCUGCUGGAACCUCCCACCAUGGUGGGAUUCCUCAAGCUCUCCAAGCCCUGCUGCUAUAUCUUCCCGGGCGGGAGAGGAGACUCUGCUUUCUUCGCCGUCAACGGCUUCAACGUCUUGGUCAACGGUGGCUCCAACCCCAAGUCAUCCUUCUGGAAGCUGGUGAGGCACCUGGACCGCAUCGAUUCCAUCCUGGUGACACAUGCAGGCACAGACAGCCUGCCUGGAAUCAACAGUCUGCUCCAGAGGAAACUGGCUGAGCUGGAGGAGGAUCCAUCCCAAAGCUCCCAGGGCAACGGCGACUGGGCCAAGAACCUCAUCUCCCCCGAGCUGGGCGUCAUCUUCCUCAACGCCUCCGAGAAGCUGAAGGACAUUGAGGGCAACUCAAAGGUGCUGAAGAGCUGUGAUGAGGCUGCCCUGACCCUGCAUUACCUGGAGAAGUUGGGCAUCCGUCCCAGCCUCCUGGCACGGGACAGUGGUCCCCGCGCGGAGCCCACCGUGCUCUUCCAGAAGAUGGGAGUGGGACGACUGGACAUGUAUGUGCUCAACCCCGUGAAGGGCACCAAGGAGCUGGAGUUCCUCCUGCAGCAGUGGUCAGGAAAUGGUUACCCCAAGGAGCAGGACCUGCCCCUGCAGUGUCUGACCUCUGUGUGUGUCCUGCUCGUUUGGCAUCCCGUGAGUCGCUCCGAGAAGAUCAUCCGGGUGCUCUUCCCGGGAUGUACCCCUCAGGCUCGUAUCCUGGAGGGGCUGGAGAAGGUGAAGCACCUGGAGUUCCUCAAGCACCCUGUGGUCACCAAGAAUGAUUUGAAGGCAAUGUCAGCAUCUGCACCGGAGAAGCUGCUGAAGCAGAGGAGGGCGGAGAGCAAGGAGAGCCUGAAGUCAAGUUCCAAGCUCAGCCUGGUGGAAGCUGCAGCACCAGUGCCCAAGGAGAAGACUCCGAAGGUGGAGAAGAAGGAGGUGAAGGUUGGGACCAAGGAGAAGCCCAAAUCCCAGGGGGAGACACCCAGGAUGGGGUUGGAAGACGAGAAGGCCAAGGAUGCUCGAGCCAAGCAGGACUCUGCGGUGGAGAAGGCAAAGACAGACAUGAAGCUGAAGGUGAACAAGGAGAAAGCAGCGCCCAAGAAGGAGCCAAUUCCCAGGAAAGAGGAGAAGAAGCCGCUGAAGAAGGAUGAGGGGGCUGAGGUGAAGGCAGAGGCCAAGAAGGAGGUGAAGGUGGUGAAGAAGGAGCCGAAGGCUGAGCCACUGCGGAAGGACACGAAGGAGAGCAAGGCAGAGGCCAAGGCUCCUGCCAAGGCUCCAGCACGGAAAGCUCCGGCCCCGGAGAGCCGCAAACCCUUGGCCAAGGCUGGCAGCAUCAAGAAGCCUUUGCUCAAGAAGGAGCUGGAAAAGCCCAAAUCUAAAACCCCUCGGGAUGCAGGUGGCAGGAAGGAACCAGGGACAUCAGAUGGCUCCAAGUCCUCCUCCCCCGAGGACAUGCUGCUGGAGCAGGAGGCAGGGGGCAGCGGGAGGAGGAGGAAGGAGGAAUCCACCGACGAAGGCAUCGCCACGGCCGAGAGCGAACCGGAACCUUUGCCACUGGAAAACGGUGGGACCAGGAGACCUGGAGACUCCUCCUGCCUGGAGAACGGCCUGGAGGACCCCGAGAGUCCCCAACGCUUCCGCCAGGCGGAGAACAGCCCCCUCAGAUCC